AUUAGCUGCAUCGACAAGACGGAUACGCUUCCUUUUCAUUGUCUGUUGCCGGCGAAGUUGCCGUGUUUGGUAGUGAUUUUUCUCGGUCUGGACAGAAACCUCAAAGUAGCAGGGUGGAGCUACGUGGAGUCAGUUGAGACUGAAGAGGUCACUUUGAUGAGUGAUGAAAUGUUUGACUCAAACGUUGUAUCCAGAUGAACUGAUCCAAAUCUCUGUGAUGGGCCAAUAUACAGUUUCAUUUAGCAGACGCUUUUAUCCAAAGUGACGUACAACUGAGAGGUAAUACAACACAAGGAAGGAUCUAGUCAGCAGGAGGAGGAGGAGGCGACAACGCAAGCAUGCCAAACCUCAAGUUGAUAUCUGCAACUGACACACAGUAUUCAGCAUCAGUGCUGAAGUCGAUGAAUGAGCAACGAAGCCAUGGAUUAUUUUGCGAUGUUACCAUAAUUAUACAGGACAAGAAAUUCAGAGCUCACAAAACUAUCCUGUCUGCCUCAAGUACCUAUUUCCACCAGCUAUUUUCAGUGGCUGGGCAAGUUAUUGAGUUGAACUUCAUCAAAGCUGAAAUCUUUGAACAGAUUCUCAAUUACAUUUACAGUUCCAAGAUUGUCCGUGUCCGUUCUGACAUGCUUGAGGAGCUCAUAAGUGCUGGACAGAUAUUGGGUGUGAAGUUCAUUGCAAAUUUGGGGCUACCACUAUCUCAAGUCAAGGGCUUGCCUGGUCUGUCCAAAGAGACAGAAAACAAAAGUGACACACACACAGAGAUAAUGCCAAUUAUUACAGAGUCAUUUUCAAUAUCUGCAGAGGAAUUCAACCAGACUUGUAAAUCUGCUGAUGUUGACGAGGACUCGGACAGUGAUGUGAUGUUUGUCUCAGAAACAAAUGGUCAGGCCAGAGCAGCAACUGAGAAAUCCACAAACUCUGAGAUCAUUGAUUUGGAAGCUGCUGACCUACAAGAUGUGGCAUCAAAGAAAAAUGACAAAGCCACUCUGACAGAAAAAAGCGUAGCUUUUGUAAAAACCGAAAGUGCACAGCCUCCAAAUGUCAUAAACGCUCCUAAAGUCUUGCCAGACCGCAGCCCGCUGAGUAGCCCAGAAACUAAUCACAAAAUCCCGUCUUCCCCUGCUAGAGGCUCCUUGGGUAGUGCACCCACGACCCCAGCCAGUUCAAAUAGUUUUACCCCUGAGCCCUCAAACACCUCACUGCCCUCUGAAAACACUGAUAUGACAGGGGUCCAAAAGAAGCAAAUCUCUACAUCAGCUCAGCAAGGGGAUUUCAAAAUAAGACUGUCAGAUGUAUCAUCUGUUAGCCUAAUAAAUGAAGCCAAUCCUGGCAUUCCCGCAUCAAUUUUACCUGCCAAAAAAACAAUAACACUAGAUAAGGCAGCAGAAAUUGACUCGAUUUCCUCAGGCUGUAAAGUGUAUGCCAACAUUGGGGAAAAUACCUAUGAUAUUGUGCCACUUAAAGAAGACCCAGGUGAGGGAGGAUCCAAAGUUGGUAAGGGGAAAAGAUCCUUAAUGGCCACCCCUUUAAAACCCUUUGAUAAAAUACCCCUGUCACCAAAGGGUAGCCCUAACAAAAAGAAGGCAAAACAGGAGCUGGAGGAUCACUAUGAGCUCAUUAUGGACGGUAAGACGUUCUAUGUGUGUGUGGUCUGCAAGCGUCCCUAUGUUUGCCUGACCAGUCUUCGCCGUCACUUCAACACUCACUCCUGGGAGAAAAAGUACCCCUGUCACUACUGUGACAAGGUCUUUGCCCUGGCCGAGUACAGAACUAAGCAUGAGAUCUACCACACAGGAGAAAGGAGGUACCAGUGCCUGAUUUGUAACAAAAUGUUCAUGAACUACCAGGUACUGUCCACCCACUGCAAGCAGGUACAUAACCAGGAUCCUUCUGGGCGAAAAGAGAAGGACGACGCAGACAACAACUUGUACCGCCUGCUCCCAUGUAAAACCCUGCAGAUGAAGGCCUAUUCGUGGACCACAGAAGAAAUGGGGAUCCCUGUCAUCACCGAGGAUGGCAACGUACAGCACAUAAACCCCGCGGGUGAAGAGGUCCACUCUGCCACUCAGAGCAAAAUGUUGAACUGGAACGACAUCUUUAUCGAGCCCAGUACUCGUACCCAGCCGGCGAGCGCCAUGAACUCAACUCCGCAGGCCGCCUCCGAAUUUGACUUUAUUAUACCAGAGACCUACUGACCAACACGGCUCAACUGCUAUUCCAUUAUCCGUGCCUUUUCAGUGCUUUUCUCUGUUCUUGAACAAUGUUUCUUGGGGCACAUAACAACAAUGUUGUCCUUCUUAAAUGCUCAUUACUUUAGUUGGUUGAACUUACACCUUGCUCACAAAGGUAGACAGCUUUUUGUGUUAGUUUUGAUUCUUUGUACCACUUAAAGAUAAUUAAAUUAGAAAACAUCACAAAUAAUGUUUGUUAAAGUACUAUACAUCAUACAUUUUAUACAGUAAAGCAGUAAAUACUAACAGCUAGUAAGGUGAAACCAGUGAAAGUUAAAGAAGAAUAAGAUGGAUCAAGUCAAUUUUAUUUGUAUAUCACAAAUUAAAAAUGGGUGUGUAAGAAGACUGAAAAUGGGUGAAAACCUUUUUUCCCCAGCAGUAUCUGUAGGAAGACCAAGUGGGAGAACAUGUUUGUAGCAAUUUAAGAAAUGACAAUUUGGCUUGUUUUUGUAGGCAGGGCAUUUCAGUGCCUAGUGACUCAAAGGGCCACAGAUGCUUUGAUCACUUUAAUUCUUCAGCACGGAGCCUCCAGUAUGACCAGUGGGGUGCUGCCCAAACGGUCCUCGGCUGUGGUUCGUUCCAAGGUGCAACCUUUCCAACUGUUUAUGAUGUAUUCUGUUUCAUGUUAUGUUGAAACAUUGAUGGUAUUCAGUUAUUUUAAUUGCGAGUGUUGACACUGAAGCCAUUUUUAUCGAAAUAGUUUCAGCAUUUUAAAAGCAACACCAUAGUAAGUAAAUGAGAAAAAAAAUAUCGAAAUCUGUAGAACUUGAGUAUGAAACCAUGUUGUUUUUUGUUUUUUUUUAUCCUUCGAGACAUUUUGUUGUUUAUAAAUGUUUCAUCAGCUAAUGCAAUAAUGGCAAUCGAGCAAAAAGAAAAAAAAAAGCUUUCUCACCUUAGGACUCGUGUUUCAUGGUUCUCAUUUUUUAUUACUUUGUUCUCUUUUGAAAUCACUCAUUCCACGUAUAUUUUCCCUGCUAUUUCUUACCUUUUUUUUCCAAGAGAAAUCUGAUGAAAUCUGAUUUCAGAUCUAUUUUUUACAGUUUGUGAUGUUGAAUAUUUGCCAUAUGACUUUUUGCAGAAAAAAGUGUUCAGUGAUUAAUAAUUGUGAGUGGCUGCACAAACCUCUAAGAUGUAUUUACUGUCUAUUCCAAUACCUUGAUCUGAUCAUGCUUGCCCUUCGGUUUGUCAUCACAGAAAGUUGAAUCGGUUCAUCUGGACACGUUUAUUGUCGUUUUUUUUCUUUUCUUUUCUUUUCAUAUGCUGGCCAUAUUGGUUUUUCCUUUGAAAUCUAAUGUUUAUCAUCACCAAAAGCUGCCUGCUAUGUACUGCAGGCUAGAGCCAUCACCAGUAAAGCGAUGAUGGGAGCAAAAUGAAUUGAGAAUUAUUUCCAUCUGUAUAAAUAGCACUUACAUAGCCCAGAAUCUUGCAGCAGAGAAUUAUUUAGUGACAGUUUUACUUUUUAUUGUAUUGUUCAUAUCUGGAUGUAGUUUGUCAACAUAAGUAAAGAAGUAGUGCUAACAUCUUCUCUACUACUUCAUCAUUAAUAGAAAAAUGCAUUUGUUUUGAAUAAACAAAUUAAUUG